UGCUCAGUGGUCGUACCCAUGACUACUGUUAGUUAUAUAAAAUAAUAAUUUAUUAAUGUAAAUAAUUAAAUUCAUUCUUAUUUUAAAAUAAUUUAUAAAUUCAAAUUUUAUUUCUUAAAAAUUGUUUUAUGUGUUUGUGAAGUUAUUUUGCAGUUGUUUAUUUUUAAUAACAGAGAAUAGCAGUGAUAAUGAACAAACGCGUGCUCUUCUUUCCCGUAUGCGCGUACGCCGUUUUCUUGAUUUGGAUCACCGGAUCUACAGGUGUCUUCAUCUCAAAUCUGUCGGAGUCCUGUUACCGCUGCUUAUGCCACGUUUCGACCAAGUGCGAUGUGUCACAUGGCUGCACAGGUGGCUACUGCGGGCCCUAUAACAUAUCCAGGGUUUACUGGGUCGACGCGGGCAGGGUGGUGCUGCCUGAUGAUGACCCGGAGAGGAACCACGCGUGGCAAGACUGCGCGAGGAGCUACAACUGUGCCAAGAGGAUCAUAGAAGGAUACCUGCAGAGAUUCGGCAAAGAUUGCAACAGCGACGGAGUGACCAACUGCUUUGAUUACAUGAUGGUCAAUGGCAACGGGGGUUAUGGCUGCUCAGCGCCCCUAAAUCGCUCCGUCAAUGGCCGCAAAUGGUUGUCACGCUUCGAGGAGUGCCGACGGUCGCUGUAACACGCGAUGGCGCUGCACGCGAUUGGAAUGCGUGCGAUGUCGCCGCAUGCAAUGUUGGAGAUCGCAAGAAGCGUGCGUUGUAUACGUGCCUAUGCAAAGUUUAAUGGUGGCAACGCCUGCCAUGUUAAGUUAAUUUAAUGGUGCUGAUUUGUGCAGACACCUCCUAAUUUUAUUUUAAGUUAUACCUGUCAUUUUCUUAUCCGCCGAAAAUCGACUGACAUAAAAUGUAUGGAACACAUGCCAAUUUUAGGUAGAAGUUUUAAACACCGUUCCAAAAUUUUAUAUUGGCCUAUAACCCGACAGAAUUAUUCAACCGACAGGUUAUUCAUUCAUUUUAAAAUUAACAGUUGUCAAUCAUCCGUCCCUUUCCUUUUCGGCGGAUAAGAAAAUGACAGGUAUAACUUAAAAUUAAGAGGUGUGUGCAGAAAUCGGGGCCAAUGUGUCAUACCUACUUAUUUGGUUUUGUUUUUAAGAUUUGACUAUUGUAGAAUAUGGGGCCUGACUGUAAAAUAUAAUAAUUUAAUUAGGUGGACAGCCCAUGUCAUAAAAUAUCAUGAUCGACCUGACACAUAACUUACAACUUAAGGUCACCACUAUAUCCAAUCGAGGUAAUCAGAGGUACAUCCCUGGCAAGUUGUAAUUAUAUCGCAAGAUAAGUUAAGUACCCACACUUCACCGAGCUAUCUGUUAUACCAACGUGAUGGUGGUGAGCCGUAUCGCCGUGGUAUACUUUACUGGAUCAUUUUCAUUUGAUAGACAACUUGCUUGGGAAGCCGUGGUAGGCCAGUUGGUAAAACGCUGACGCUAACUUGCCUCUCACUUUGAGGUCGAAGGUUCGUAUCCAGCACAGGCCUAAAUCAAUGAUUGUCGAAUUUGGUUUCUAAUUCAUGAUUGGAUCAUAAAUGAUUACCACGUGCUCAGCGGUGAAGGAAAUUAUCGUGAAGAAACCCACAUUCCCGAGAAAUGCAAUUUCGGUGAUAUGUGACCUAACCUGUAUUGGCAGUCGCUUCUGUAAAAAACUGGACCUGUCAAAUCUUCAGGUUAGGUAGGUAAGCGGACCCUGUGAAAAACGGGAUAAUGCUGGGGAGAUGAGACAGUUGGUUGGUUUAUUGUAGAUUUCUGUUUGACGGCAUUCGAAACUUUGAGCUUCUAGUUCACACAUCUGGUGAGAUUACAGUCUAAAAGUUGUUACUAAAGUUUGUUCCGAUCGCGUGAUGUAGAAUCCAUCAUGCUUCUUCAAUAUACCUACUUACUUACUUAAAUUAAGUAUAUAAUUUUUAAGUAAUUUGAAUGAGUGAAUUUGUCGCUGACGACGCUUACUGACGUAUCUAAAAUUUCUCGAAUCUGAUUUUCACCUUUUGCUAUUGUCAAUAAGACACAAAUUAUUUUAGAAAAACAUUGCAGAUACGCCAGUUUGAAAGUCAGCCACGAAUUUAUGCAUAAGUGCCUUCUAAGUAUAUGCCUAUCGAAUGUUCUAGAACACUGUUCUAACCUAACCUAGCCUAAAAUGGUUAAGAUAAGAGACUGAGUGACUAUAAUAAUUUUAGUUUAUCUUAAGUACUUAAUAAUGUUUAAGAAGGAAUAUAAAAAGGUGCACCUUCA